GGCCUAGGUCAAAGGUCGUCCAGUCAUGUGACUAGAUAUCUAUAUCCUCAUUCAUGAAGUGAAAGCUUUACUUCAUAUCAUAUUAUAUUGGAACUACAGUAUAGCGUCUGUUAUGAAGGAGAGCUACUUUAGGGUCUAACAAAUAUUUGUCUAUAAGGAACAGAGCACUAGAUCGCUUCCGUACUUCACCAGCAGAACGGGAGACAUUGCUGUCCUCGGAAAUCAUGGGGGAAUGUCAGAAUGGAAUUUCCUUGGAUUUGUUCCUGCAUUGCUCUCUUGUUCCUGCUGUCUGCAUCAUGUUUCUGCUGUCAUUUGUACAGCGCAGAGCGAAGGCCCAGCCCUUUGAGGAUCGCUUUCCCUAUCUCAGGGGUCGAUUUGGCAUUGUGGUUCCAUUGGAUUUCAUCGGUAAUCUAAGUAACCGAUGGUCUUAUGGUUUCGCAUUUGGCGCUAUUGCUCCCAGUGUGAUUCAGCUCUUCUCUGAGUCCUACACACCACUUAAUGUGCCUAACUGGGCUAAAGCCAUUGUGUACCUGGUAGGAGCGAUAGAAGUUGGGGUGGCUUACCUGCCGUUCUUUGCUUGUCUGUCAACGCCACACCGGGCACUAGGAGGGGUUUUAGGUGUUCUAUACACACUCAUGUGGCUCAUUGUGAGACUGUACGACACGAUAAGCUGUCCCUCUGGAAUGGUUUUAGGUCGUCACGAGAAAUUGAUCAUCCUCUGGCCGUUCUUCCUGUGCCUGCUUUUCCUGCUGGGACGGUUUGUGUAUAUCAUUGUGAAGGCAGUAAGAAUCCACAUGCAGCUACAAGCUGAUGAGAAUGAGGAGGAUCUACAAUUCCAUCAGUUCAGAUAUGUACAGACUCUACUGAAACGCCCCUCUGAACGGCCAGAAGAAAAGAGUUGGUUCAGAAGAAAAGUCUAUGACUGGGAUCCUCACUUCAAAUUCCCUAACAGAAUGAUUGGCACAUCCGUUAUCUCUUUGAUUGGUUUGUACACGAUGACGCUAGCAGACUACAGCUUGAGUGACUACACCUUUGACAAACUAGAUGCUUUGAAGGACUCACUUGCAGAGAUUGCAUCGUCCUGUAAUCAAACAGACAACAUCUUCACAUCUCUCAUUCCCAGCAUGAAUGAGUUCAGCAUUGUUGCACGAAGGUCUUGGCUGGCGACAACCAUUUUUUCGACUCUGACAUCUGUUACUUACACUUUUCAUGUGCUUGUAUGUUACAGGAAACAUUUAAAGAGGUUGUGGAGGGGACAAAAAAAUUUUCUUCCAGAGAAGUUCCAUAAUCCAAGCCCUGCAGUCAGCGUGGCGGCUAUAACAAGAUAUUCAGGCUGGCAGAUUGCAUUCACUCUGUGGGGGUUUCUGAUAGUUCACUUUGUGCAAUUUGUUUUUGCCUUAAUGUUUGUGUAUGGAGUUGUUCUACCAAUCCAGAAGGGACAAUUUCUCAGGUGGCUUUCUAGUGUAGGCGUCAUUCUGCUCACAAUAUUCAUAAUUAUAGCCUUGGUGGUAGUGCAGAUUAUUCUGGUCCAAGUGUUUUUCCUGCAGGACAAACUCUCACCUGAAGACAAAGAGAAGCCUCUUGCAAUCAACAACAGAAAAGCGUUCCACUGCUUUAACUACUUUUUCUUCUUCUAUAAUGUGAUUAUGGGGUUGAGCAACUGUAUUUUGCGCCUUUUAAGCAGCUGCAUUGUGGGUACAUGGCUGGUGUCACGCAUUGAUCGGACCAUCAUGCAGCGCGGCUAUGAGUCCAUGGAUCCAGGAUAUAGCACAUGGAUAGGGAUGAUAUUUGCUGAUCACUACCACAGCAACCCAGUUAUGGUGUCUUUCUGCCAUCUACUGCUCGGCAGAACACUGGAGAAACAGGGACCUGCAGUGUCCUCUUAUGCAACUUUUAGCAAUAACACAGGAUGUUCAGUAGGGGGCAGAGUACGUGUGCGCUGGCUGCUGCUUUACACACUGCUGAGGAACCCUGCACUCAUCCUGCUGAGAAAGAGAAAAAAACUGACACACAUCGACAACCAAGACCCUCUCCUCAUGGCCCGAACCAUCACCUCACAGGCUCAACAAGCAGAUGAGCUGGUCAACAACAAAACUGCCGAAACAGAACCAACACAGUUAGACAUUUGAAAGAGCUGGAACUCUUGAAACUUUUUCCUGGGAAGCAGAGCAGUGUCAGGGUGUUUAUCUGUUUAAAGACAGAGAACAUGUUUGUGUCUGAAACAUUAAGGUCAUCUAUUGCACUACUGGCAAAACAGUAGAUGCCUUCUGACUCAUCUGCAUGUCCAUUUUUUUUGACCAAUGAAAUGUUCUCUAGAACGCUUUAAAUUGUAACAUCAUCAACUCAUCAAACUCAUCAAAGCCGUUAAACGGAGCCUCAUCAGCGAACUGGGUCCGGUUGCAUGAACUGCUAAGACUAGUCUUACAAGUUAGUCAUCACAUUUUUUUCUUUAAAACUGUUCAUAACUGUUUUAAAGGAUUAGUUCACUUUCAAAUUAAAAUUUCCUGAUAAUUUACUCACCCCC